AUGAGGGCGAGCCAUGAUUUGGAAACGGACUUGAAUCUGAGGAGGGAUUUGACGGGGAGGCGCAGGAGGAUUUCCAUGGUGAUUUCCGGCGGGAGGUCGAGGGAUUUGAUUCGGUGCGUGGAUCUGGGCUUCUUGGGAUGGAUUAGGGUUUGGUAUUUGGCGGAAUUUUUUGAGCUUCCAUUGAUGAGAGAUGUUGUUGGUUGGAGGUGGAGUGGAGAAGAAGAUGAAGUUGGAAUAAGACAGAACCAACACAAAAGCCAGGGAGAAAUAAUUGAAAGAAAACCGAAACGAACAGGAGACAGCCUAAUGUCACGUGCUUGUUCCCGGAUCCUGACACUAAGGAAAGUAAGAAACAGGAUGAGGUCACAAGAACUAGUCAAGUACGAGUAG